AACAGUUUUUCAGAAUUUUAGAAUUUGCAAAGUCUCCAGCUUUAAAUAUUGGAGUGAUUUUGGCAAUUUGAUGCCAAAACAUUUGAUGAGGAAAUGACACCGUUGUGAAUGACAAGUUAUAGAUAACGGUCAAUGGAUCUUUCUUGACUAUUGUCAUAUUUUUUUUAAUAAAUAAAAUGAAAAGUAAGAUCAUUUUUGCAUGUUUUAAUACAUAUAGGGAGAGUUGUAACACCAUGUUACAACUCACUCCUUACUGUAUGUACACAAAAUAGAUUUUUUCCAAAGCACCAAGCUUUCAUGUCAUAGACUCCAAGUCCCACACAGCUCAGAGGACUAAAGGGCCUUUGGACCUUUAGGUGUUUCUUGCUGAAACAAAGUCCUACAGCAUUGCAUAUUUAGAUAAAACUUUUACAGGCUGUUCUUCAACUGAUCAAAAUUUUAAGACUAUAACACAGAAUUAAAAGUGAGCUAAAAAUAUUUCCAGCUGGCUGAUUGAAAAGUUGCUCCAUGUGGUGAAGAUGGCAUCACAAAGGGAAUCUGUUGUCUGAAAACGAUCUCCAUUAUUGUAAAUCUCUCCUGACAUUCGUCCCAAACAUUCUCAGUGAGUUCAGUUGGAGGAUUUAGAGGCAGGAAGGGCCUCCUAAAAGAAGUCAUACGGAGUGAUGAACUGCAUUCUCAACAGAGAAUAAAACUUUCUUAUCUUUUAUUGUUCCAUGUUUUAUUCUCCCUUGUAAAGUCAAAACUGGCAAGUUUGUGGUGGGAAGAAGUUAUAUCCUACAAAUAUAUUCUUUUUGUUUUUUAAGCUCUUUUCUUACAUAUGAUAUUUUUCUUUAACAGCACUAAGAAUUUUGAUCAUUUUUCACUUUUUUCUGUCCUCUUGUCUUCAUCAGAGAAGGGCAGAUUCUAAUAAAUCAUAAGUCUUCAUCGUUAAAUAUUUAAAUUACAAAAUAUUUUAUCCAUUGACAAUAAAUACAUGAUAAAUACAACUGUAAUAUUAUUUAACACUCCAAAUCUUGAUGUCUCCAGGUUUACUCAAUGUAAAAAGUGUGUUUGAAUCAUAUAGGUUAGCAUUCUUAUUAAUGAAUCUCAGGUGGGGUUUCUAAGGACCACUUCCUGUUUAAACAGACAGCGGGACCGUUGUUUCAGAACUAAAUGCUUCAUAACUAAAAUAAAUAAAAACGUAUACGUUAUAAAACGCCUUGGUUAUGAUCAUUGACAAGAAGAUGCUUUAUCGACCAAUAGGACUCUCAGUGAUGGAGGGAACUCAAGAAAUGAACUCUUGAUCAGAUUAGAAGGAAAAAAUAUAAGACAGGCGUGUUUUCUCCGUAAAAUUCAAUCUCAGGUCUCCGAGGGCGACAAGGAAAAAUCUAAUGAUGGCACCAUUGAAUUCUGCCUAACCUCCCCAUCCUGUGAGCAGGAGCAGGAGGGGCUGCUGACGGCAGCAGGCGGCGGCAGGAUCAGGCUGCUGAGGCUAAUAAAAGGAGGCCAGAGUCCUCACUUCAUCCCAAGCAGAUCAGAGACUCAGCGGCAAACUUCAGCUCGGACAGCGCCACCUGACGGACAGACCGAUCAAAGAAAGAUGCAGAGGUGCUUCGGCGUUUUUUGCGUGACGCUCAUCUUUUGCGCAACCCUCUCUGAGACCAUCGGUCUGGUUAUCGCGGCGAAAGAGAAGCGUGGCUGGACUCUGAACAGUGCUGGCUACCUGUUAGGUCCUCGUCGUAUUGAUCACCUAAUUCAGAUAAAGGAUUCCCCCAGUGCCAGAGGCAGAGACGAGCUGGUCACUCAAUACGGAAUAGAUGGACACAGGACACUAGGAGACAAGGCGGGUCUGGCUGGCAAGAGAGACAUGGGCCAGGACGAAGACUUCAGAACAGGUUCCUUGCGAAUAGGAGAUGAAGACAUCAUCCAUACUGUCAUCGAUUUCCUGUCGUACCUCAAACUUAAAGAGAUGGGAGCCCUGGACAGCCUGUCUUCUCCUGUGUCAUCAGAUGAACUGGCCAAUCCCUAACAUCUCUCCUCCAACAGUGUUUCAGAUGUUUGACCUCCCAGUUCUCUAAAUGUCCAAUUAUCUUAACUCCAUGGGCAAACUUGUAUUCCCCAACUAUACAUCUUGGUUAUUUCUGUUCCUGUGUAAAUAAAUCUUUUAUCUACUGAA